AAGUAAAAAACAGUAAACUGAGUUGAUUGUGAAGUGUGAAGUCCGACGAAUAAGAAAAAAGACCAUCGAAACUUUUUAAUUUUGGUUGUGUGUUCUGCUUCAGACACUCAACUUCAUUUGUCGGAGACUCUUGUCGAUCUGAAAAAUGGGCUUCAAAGGGGCCAUGGAGAUAGAUUUCCCCUCAGAGGUUGGUCCAACUAAGGAGACUGUCGAUGCAUUAAUGGAGUAUUUGGUUGGUCCAUUGCUACCUCUAAAGCAUACCGACUUCGCAAAGGAAACACCGUCUGAAUCCAAACAGAAAUCCGUUGCUAAGCAGGUUCAUGCUGCCGUAGUACUUUACAACUAUUAUCAUCUAAAUCACCACCGAGAAAUCCAAUUCUUAAAGUUCGAUCAGUUUUGUAAGCUGGCUACCGAGCUCAAACCCGGCAUUCUACGCCACAUGAAAUUCACGUGUCAAUCAGAUCGCACCAUUUUAGACGACCCUGAAAACCAGCUUUCGAUAACAGAAAAAGCGAUAAUGGAUGCAUGUACCAUAUCCGAGACGUUGCUAAACGCUUCUGCUAAUAUCUCCAAUGUUAUAAACGAGUGGCAAGUUACCAAAGUGGCAGUUUUGUUAAUAGACUCGAAGAAAGAAAACUGCUUCCUACAGUUCAACAAUGGAGUAUGGUCGGUUAUCGAAAAGGAUGUUUAUCCCGAGAGUAAAAAACGCAAGAAAGUUAUGAUAGAGUAUGAUAAUGAUGGUUUGCAGAAGCUUGCUUUUUUGGCUGUAAAAGAAGUAGCAGGAAUUGUGUACCACGAGCUUAAGGUUUUGGAAAGCCAUGUAGUGUAUUCUUUGAGUCAAGCAAAGACCGCCACUCGCUUUUACAUUGUGCAAAGCACCCAAGAAAUCAGUGAAGAUAAUUUGGUUCCUAUUCAAGAUGUUAUUUCUAGCUUACAGGGACCCGUGGUAAAAGAGUGUUUAGGCAGUUGGGGAAUUACUCCGGUUGUUGAGUAUUACUACCUGCUUCCAUAUGCUGAGAUUAUAUCAAAGUUGUUCUCAAGAGAAUCAAAUAGCUUACCAAAUGAAGUAAAAGAUGAAAGUUCAGAUGUGAGUAUCGGUCAACGCUCACAAAAGUCAUGCGAGAAAGAAAGCGGUGAAAGUAAGAAAGUCUCCGGUAACGUGCAAAAAAAGUCAAAGUUGGACUCUGAAGUUGUGCACAACAGUAAGAAAGAAAGCGGUCAAAGUAAGGAAGUCUCUAAUAACCUGCAAAAAAAGUCAAACAUGGAGUCCGAAACCGUGCAUGUCAGUAAUUCAAUUAAAGAAGAAUCUCGUGACAGCAAAGAUAGCAAAAGCGCGUAUAAAUCCAACGAAUGCAGCGAGAAAGAAAGUGGUCAAAGUAAGGAAGUCUCUGAUAACUUGCAAAAAAAGUCAAAAUUGGAUUCCGAAACGGAGCGUGUCAGUUCUUCGGUUAAAGAAGAAUCUCAUGACAGCAAAGUUAGCAAAAACGGAUGUGAAUCCAACCAAUUCAGUUAUACUUCUGAAUCAGUUAGCAAAGUGGCAGACGAUGCCAUCACUUCUCAAUUCACAGCAACUCAUGUUGACCAAAAAGUCAAAGACUCUGAAAAUUCUGUUGGCAACAGUAUCACGGUUUCUAACGGUGAUGGUGUGAAGCAGGAAGAUAUGAACGGAUCAAGUGGGGCCGAUAAUAAAUUAGACGUUGAUAAGCUAUUAGUUUGCUUUCAAAAAGAAAGUCAAAAUUCUAAAGUCCAGGCGCCACUAAAGGUUUAUCGUCAUGUAAAACGGUCAACUCCGACAAAAUCUACCAACAGCAAGUUUCAGGCGGCAAAUACGGAGGAUUUGAAGAAGACGUCAACCGUUAGUCAAAGUAAAGAUGAAAGGGUUAAUGGUGACAAAGGAUCUUGCAUGGUCCCACCGAAUGAGGAUAGAUCACUCACGGUGAAUUAUGUUCUUGAGGACUUUCAUUCCAUAGUGGAUGCAAAGAGAUCUGAAUUAUCAGACGCUGCCCUUCGAGCUCUAUUACAUAAAAGACAGAAACUGUAUGAUCAACAGCGAGUUAUAGAAGGCGAGUUGACUUUAUGCGAUAAAAAGAUUCACGCAAUUAUGCAUGGCGGUAUCGGAGAUUGCUUGGGUUUGAAGCUAGAAGCUGUUAUUGACUGUUGCAAUGAGAUUUGUAACCAAGAUGACAUGCAAACUCAACAACGUACGAAACUGCUUGUUUCUAGAAGUGUUCCCUUAUUGUCGGGAAAGAGCUUGUCGGAAGCGCAACUCACUUUGAGAAAAGCAUGUCAGGAGUUGGAUGAUAUCUGUCUAUCAAACGAUUGGAUGUUGCCUACUUAUAGCACGUCACGUUCUGAUGGUGGGUUCGUGGCUAACGUUACCGUGAAAGGAGCUAAUUUCGAAUGCUCGGGUGUGAGUGGCAAUCUACCAAGUAUUCAUGAAGCAAGAAACUCAGCUGCAACGCACAUGAUCAUGAGAUUGCAGCAAAUGGCCAAUGGGACGAAAACCGCAACUUUAGCUUAAUAAUGUCAGUAGAAGAUUAAAAAACAUGUGAAGGGAACACAUGGUGUGUAGAGAGUGAUCAUUAACUAUUCCCAUUAUGUCAUUGCUGGUAGAGAUUCAAGUGUGCUAAUUGAGUAAUUGUGGAACUUAGUUGCUGAUUUUUCA